CAGGCACUGCAAAUGUUUUUCUCUUUUAACAGCAAGGUAUUGGUCGGCCAAGCGUAUACCAUGCAGUGGUGGUCAUAUUUCUCGAAUUCUUUGCCUGGGGACUGUUGACAACUCCAAUGCUAACGGUCUUGCAUGAAACAUUUUCCCAUCAUACGUUUUUAAUGAAUGGUCUCAUUCAAGGUGUUAAGGGUUUUUUGUCCUUUCUCAGUGCUCCACUAAUAGGUGCUCUGUCAGAUGCAUGGGGAAGAAAAUCUUUUCUUCUCCUCACCGUUUUCUUCACUUGUGCCCCAAUUCCAUUAAUGAGAAUAAGUCCAUGGUGGUACUUCGCUAUGAUUUCAGUGUCUGGAAUCUUUUCUGUUACCUUUUCUGUAAUAUUUGCCUAUGUAGCUGAUGUAACACAAGAACACGAAAGAAUUACAGCCUAUGGACGGGUAUCUGCCACCUUUGCAGCGAGUUUGGUAACUAGUCCUGCCAUUGGAGCGUACCUGUCUGCCAGCUAUGGAGAUAAUCUUGUUGUGCUAGUGGCCACAGUGGUGGCUGUUGUGGACAUCUGUUUUAUCCUGUUAGUUGUACCAGAAUCUCUACCUGAAAAAAUGAGGCCUGCUUCAUGGGGAGCUUCUAUAUCAUGGGAACAAGCAGACCCUUUUGCGUCUCUAAAGAAGGUUAGAAAAGAUUCUACAGUUCUCCCGAUCUGUAUUACAGUGUUUCUCUCCUAUCUGCCUGAGGCUGGCCAAUAUUCUAGCUUUUUUCUAUAUUUGCGACAGGUUAUAGGUUUUGGAUCUGUUAGUAUUGCAGCGUUUAUAGCUGUGGUAGGAAUUCUGUCUAUAAUAGCUCAGACUGUGUUUCUGAGUGUCUUGAUGAGGUCAAUAGGGAACAAAAACACGGUUCUUCUUGGCCUUGGUUUUCAGAUCCUUCAGUUGGCUUGGUAUGGUUUUGGAUCUCAGUCUUGGAUGAUGUGGGCAGCAGGAGCUGUAGCUGCAAUGUCAAGCAUUACAUUCCCAGCAAUCAGUGCUCUGGUUUCACGGAAUGCAGAAUCAGAUCAACAAGGUGUUGUCCAAGGAAUAAUAACUGGAAUAAGAGGACUGUGCAAUGGCCUGGGACCAGCGCUGUAUGGCUUUAUUUUCUUUCUCUUUCAUGUGGAGCUCAAUGAAUUGCCACCUGAUCAGAGUUCUGGAAAAAAAACAAUGCAAGAUCCCAGUGAUGAAAGAGCAAUCAUUCCUGGUCCGCCCUUCCUGGUUGGAGCAUGUAUUGUUCUUCUGGCUUUUCUGGUGGCCUUAUUUAUUCCUGAGCACAGUAAAGCCAACAGUACAAGAAAACACAGCAACAGCAUCAACAGUACGGUGAGCAACAACUUGGACAGAGGGAGUGAAGAGGACAUUGAACCACUCCUGCAAGACAGCAGUGUAUGAAGGCUAACUUCUGAGGACACUUGAAGAAAUUCGUGUGCUGAAUUGUAGAUCUGGAAGCAGGGUAGGAUGUGCUGAGUAUCUGGCCUCCAAUGGGAAGGUUACCGUGUGCAAGGGAGGGCACAUGCUGUGUGAAUACUCAAAUCUGUACUUGCGGCUGAUUCCAUACUUGCAGGAGGGUUUGUUUAGCGUAGGAGGUCACAACUACUAGAUGUGAUUCCAUAUCCAGGACCUAAUAAUAAGUGACUGCAAAUGCAUGUCAAAUCCUGGUAUUGGGUAAAAACCUUAACAUGCAGACGUAGUGGAAACUUUAAGUUGAACGUUCAGUUCCCAAAGUCAUAUGCAAAAUGAUCCAAUUUGAGACGGAACGCAGUUUCUGCCACCACGGUUAAAGGUUAUUUUGUGUUUCUUAUGCCUUUUGUCUGCAUGCAUGCCCCGUAUAGUCCUCAUGGAUAUGAGAGGGACUGAUCUAUAUUGUUCUGGUAUCCGAAAUAUUAUUUAUUCGUAAAGGUCAUUUUGAAUUUCUUGACAUAUUCUCAAAUAUUACUAACUUGGAAUCCAGUCGUUACCAGAAGGCACUGAUGAUGAUAACCUGAGGUGACUGCAGAACGUGAAUGAUUACACGUGCCACUCAUUGCUCCUAGAUGAAGAUCAUUUCGAUGUCUUAAACCCAUGUUUCAGAACAAUCUGUACUGAGCAAUUAAAGCAGAUCCAGAUGGCGCCUGAGAGCACUGGUCACAUUAACGUUUUGCUCAUAGGAAGAUAAAGUUGAAUGAUGUAAUGUUCAGCAUCAGAAGUAUGGACAUUCCUAACUUCUGAGGCAGGAAAGGCAGUGGGUGCCAGAGAAGUUUACAUCAAGAAAUUUGUAUAUUUACUGCAUUUUGUCACUUUAUCUGCCAUAUGAAAUCUUUCCUAUUAAUUUUCACCCCUGCCUUAACUGCUAAUUGAUGUUCAGUUACUAAUUGUAUUUAGCCUUCUUAUAACUGUCUCACCUGCUGAAUCUCAUGGAUAUAUUCAUAUCAAAUUUCCUUUCUAAAAGAUGCUUUAAAGAAGUUACAAAUGGCUACAAAUGUGCUAAUUUUUAGAGACAUUUUAUGAAAAAAUACAGAUUUAUAUGUAUUUUACUGCAGUGUAAAUGGACCAUUAAACCUGACUUUAACAAAGUACUCUUAUGAAUGUUUUAUAUGUAUGCAAUAUAUGUAGAUAUUUGUAAGGAGUUUUAAUUUUUCCAGAUGAGGUGCUGUGUAAAUCAUGUAUUUAUAAAUGUAAUGAGGGUACUGAUGGAUAUACAGCUUUUUUAAAAGGAUUAUGUAUUGACUGAACAGAUUUUAAAUAUAUAUAUUUUGAAACUUGUUCCACAUGAGCAGAGAUAACCAACCUUUUGUACUAUGCAGUUUGGU